AUGGACAACCUUGUCGGGUGCCUCUAUUUAGCGGCGGGGACGGAGCGAGGCGGGCCUAGCAUUGUGACGGAGGGCGCCUUGAUCCCGCCCCGCGCGGCCCAGAGAGGCCCUGCUGCCGCCACCGCUCCCGGCUGCUCUUGCCGCCCGCCGCCGCCGCCGCCGCUUCUUCUCCCUGGCUGCAGGAAGGAGGCGAAGGCGCCCUCCCGGGGGCGGCUACGAUGGCGGCGGCGCUGCGGACGGGCCCCCAACAACAGCAGCAGCAGCGGGCUGAAGCGGCGGGGGGGGGCGCCGGGCGAUAAGCCCCCCACGGCUCCCCCCCCCUUCCCCCCCCCGGGGACGGGCAGGAGGGGGGCGCUGCGGGUGCCCAGCCUCUUCGUCAUCGACGCCAUCUUCAACUCGUCCCCGGUGCUUCCCGGAGACUCCCUGUGGGUCGGCCUCCUGGGGGGGCUGCUGCGGCUGCUGGGUGUCUUUGUAUCCAGCAUCGUCCUCGUUCUUUCACAAAGAUCCCUUUUCCAGUUUUAUAUGAUCAGCUCUGCACUUCUGCUGGCCGCAACAUCAGUGUUGGUGAACUAUUACGCUUUUUUGCACAUAAACUUCCACAGUGCCUAUUACACGGGAGCAUUCGAAGUCCAGCUCCUGCCUCAUAAAGGACCUUCCCUGUGGAUGGCACUCUCUAUCCUUCAGCUUGCCUUUGGAAUUGGCUACGUUGCACUGUUAAAUAUCCAGUCCAUAUACUCUCAACUGAUCAUACUGGAUUUAUUGAUUCCUGUUGUAGGCUUGAUCAUUGAAUUACCUUUACACAUCAGGCAGACUCUAGUCUUUAUCUCAGGCUUCGUUGUGACAUUUUAUACCCUGGCCAUUUUAGUGUCUAAAAUGAAACGGUUCUACUACUCCACACGGUAUGUCUAUCUCCUCGUAAGGCACAUGUAUCGCAUUUAUGGAUUACAGUUGUUGUUGGAAGAUACGUGGAAAAGGAUUCGUUUCCCAACCGUACUGCGUGUCUUUUGGCUCACAAGACUCACGGCCCAAGCUGCAGUGCUAAUUUAUGUUGUCAAGAUGGCAGAAACUAAUUCAGGCACGAAAUCAUAUGUGAUUUCUUGGGAUAGCUUUUGGGAAGUGCUUUGCAGCCUUAUCAUCAGUGGGUGUGAUUCUACUUUAACUGUAUUAGGCAUGAGCGCUGUGAUUUCCUCUGUGGCUCAUUAUCUAGGGCUUGGCAUUUUGGCCUUUAUAGGUUCGACUGAUGAAGAUGACAAGAGGCUUGGUUUUGUGGCCCCUGUUCUAUUUUUCAUUUUGGCUCUGCAGACUGGUUUAAGUGGGCUAAAGCCGGAAGAGAGACUAGUGCGCUUGAGUCGAAACAUGUGCCUUUUGCUAACUGCAGUCCUGCAUUUUAUCCACGGGAUGACCGAUCCUGUCCUGAUGUCCCUGAGUGCCUCCCACGUGUCCUCCUUCCGCAGACACUUCCCCGUACUCUUUGUCUCAGCUUGCCUCUUUGCUCUUCCAAUUUUGCUCAGCUACAUCCUUUGGCACCACUAUGCACUAAAUACAUGGCUGUUUGCAGUUACAGCCUUCUGUGUGGAGCUCUGCCUGAAGGUUAUAGUUUCUAUCACUGUGUAUGUACUGUUCAUGAUUGAUGGCUACUAUAAUGUCCUAUGGGAAAAGCUUGAUGAUUACGUCUACUACGUUCGAUCGACAGGCAAUAUUAUUGAGUUCAUAUUUGGACUCAUAAUGUUUGGGAAUGGCGCUUACACCAUGGUAUUUGAAUCAGGAAGUAAAAUCCGGGCAUGUAUGAUGUGUCUGCAUGCCUAUUUCAACAUCUACUUGCAAGCUAAGAACGGGUGGAAGACGUUCAUAAAUCGCAGGACUGCGGUUAAGAAAAUCAACUCGCUUCCCGAAGUCAAAGGAGAGCGAUUACGUGAAAUAGACGACGUGUGUGCAAUCUGCUACCACGAGUUUACUACGUCUGCUCGUAUUACUCCAUGCAAUCACUACUUCCAUGCACUUUGCCUUCGGAAAUGGCUCUAUAUUCAAGACACUUGUCCAAUGUGCCACCAGAAAGUUUAUAUUGAGGAUAAGGAGAACACCAAUGCCUCAAACAAUAACGGCUUUGUUGCACGUGACGAAAACGUACCUAAUGAAAAUGUUGAAGACAGUGACGGUACCGACAGUGAGGAGGAGGAAGAGACCGACGGCUUGACUUAGCCCGUUAUUGCAGUUCUCUGAACAUCAAACCUGGUGGUUUAAAAUGUCAUGUACUGAACACUGCAGGUGUGUGUUAAUAGUGACUUUCAACAAUGGAAUAAAAGUUUCACUUCAUCAGUGUGUAUCUAAGCACAAGAACAGUAUCUCAAAAUGUUGAAUCUGUGAAUGGGGUUGUCAGUUUACUGUGAUGUGCUACUGUAAAUAUACCUCUGAUUACUGCUGGUCUCUUUUGUGACCACGUUACAUUUUAUGUACAUUAUUGUACAUGGAAUAAAAUGUUUUUGCUUAUUUUUUAAAAAAAGCUGAACAAAAACCAUUCUUAAUUGGUAGUGCAAAUUAUAGUGUGUACACUGUGUCAAGAAGUUCAUGCAGAUUGGUUAAUUUUAAGCUGAUAGUUUUGAAGAUGCUCUGAUUCAUUUUCAGGGUUUCAGGAAGGAACCAUAUAGAGCAAAUAAAAGCAAAUUAAAAUCUAAUUUAAAACCUUACCAAAGCAUCGUUCCUGUCUUGAGAGGAAAAAAAAAUAAAAGUGUUAGGCUAAUCUCAACAGUGUUACUGAUGCGGCUUAGCAUUUGUGGAGAGGAGAAAUAUGGAGAUAAACAGU